AUGGCACGUGCCGAUCACCACAAACGCGCUUUUGACAAGGGCGUGUUUCUCGCCAACCCUGAUACUGAGACUCAACCAAUGCGGACUCAAGCGUCGGUUGCUCAACAAAAGGGCCAGAAGUUGUAUCAGAAGGGAGACUUUAAGGCCGCGAUUGAGGCCUUUGGAGAGGCAUUGAGACAGCCCAAUGUGGAUAACAUUGGCAUUUGGGAUAACCGAUCUGCGACGUACUGUAAGCUAGAGCAGUAUGACCAGGCACGACGCGAUGCAAAGCAAAUGAUCAAAACUGCCAAGGAUGACGAACGAGGAUACCUGCGAUGUGGCAAAGUCUUGAUCCUCGAGGGCAAGCCAGAGAAGGCUUUGGAGAUUUAUGCCUAUGGCUUGAAGAUGCUCCCGAGUGAGCAUCCACGACGAGGGGUUCGUCACCAAGAUGAUGUCGAUAUGCUGGAACAACUACAUAAGAAACUAGAGGAUCGCAUGCGUCUAAAUCGACAUGACCCUUUUACGAUGCUACCACUUGAGAUUGCGGUAUUAGUGAUUCAGCAAUUUUCCUUCAAGCAGAUCGUGGGAAUUCUCCGUGUCUGCAAAGACUGGGAGCGGUUCUUCGGCUCCAUGACAAAUUUGUGGAUGAAUAUCGACCUUACCGGGGCUCGUGGAAAAGUCCCAUGGACUGCAAUUAGGUCGUACAUCCGGCGCUCAAAGGCAAUGCUUACCCACGCCACUAUCAAAAAUUUAUCUGCAGCUUCAACGCCGAAGACAUUGGAAUUUCUAAGCCGCUGUCCUCGCCUUGAACAUCUCGAGCUCUGGGUAUCCCACGACUGCAAGGACUUCUACCAGAAAUUCAGAGGCAGCAAGAAACUAAAGAGCCUUGUUCUUUCAGCAGAUAUGCCCAUCUCUCAUGACUAUUUCGGCAAGCUGCUGGCAGACCUGCCAAAACUUGAGCGCAUCGCAUUGUGGAAUAUGAAGAGCUCAAACAUGGACUUUUACAACUCUGGUCAAUGGCCCAAGAGUCUUCCAAAUCUGAAAAGCAUCACGUUGGCCUCGCGGCAGACCAUGCCUCAGCCUACGGCACAGCAUAUGGCUGCAUUAUCGGUGCCGGGGCUAUUUGAGAACAGUGAAUCUCCUGUGUACCCAAACUUGGAAGAAUUACGCCUUGACUUCGACCCUGAGGUACACAACAUAUACACCUUCCCCCAUGGCCCAGACCGUCAUCUACCCCAUCUCCGCCGACUAGAGCUCCGUGGGAAAACCAUCGAACAGGACCUCUGCACCCUUCUACCAAACACCAUUGAACACCUCCAUGUCCAAGGCGGAGCAGCAAGACGACCUACAUACCUCGACCUGCGAGAUGGGCCACUCCCGAAUCUACACACACUCAUCUUCAUAGACACGGGAUUCAUCUCGCCCCAAACCCUUCCGGUCUUCAUCAACGACGCCCAGGCUCCAAUCAAAACGUUGUAUCUGAACGAAUGCUUCAACCUCAGAAUCUACGAUCUCUUCGAUAUGAUUCAGAGCACGGAGGUACCGAACCCCAAGCUGGAGAAGAUGACGGAGCUUAGUGUUACACAUAUGCGUGGCGUGGACGAUGUCGGGGCACAUCGUAUUUUCACACUGCUUCUCGAGUUGAAAGUGCUCAACUUGUCCUAUACGCAGAUCACGGGUGUGACUAUUCGCCUUUUUGCUGAUGCACGGAGUUCUGAUUCUCGGGAGGGUGCUAAGCUUGAUCGGCUGUUUGUUCGAGGCUGCGAGGGGGUCUCUUCGGAUGCUGUUGCCUAUGGGCGAGAGAGGGGGCUGGAGGUGAUUACUUGA